AUGGCCCGUAUUACAAGUGGAACUGCACAGGAACAACAAUGUUUAAAAGAGCAGAUUGAGAAAGAGGAAGGUGCAGCGCUACGUUUUUUCCUCAAAACUCUAAACUGGCCCAAAGCCCCAUAUGGAUCAUCUGUUCUACGAAAGAAACUCGAACGAAUUCAACUGGAUGAUUCCGAAUGUCGCAAAGUGCUUGCAGAAGUGAAGCGACGAAAUGAAAAUCGUUGCUUAGCCGAAGAACAACGAAAAAAAGUAAUAAAGCCAGUUAUGACGCCCGAAGUUUUACCGGAACAACUCAAUAUGAGACCUCCAUCACCAAGUACCAAAGCUCUGUUGUACGAGGGUACGUCUCAUGAAGGUCGUGGUAGGUGA